UUGAGGGGAGUUUGUGUGUUAAUCUUUUUUAAAUGAAAAAUGUAUGUUUAUGUGAUUCACUGGCAGAUGACAAUUAUGAACGUUUAUUACUGAAUAAAAUAAAGGUUAAAUUCUAUAUAUACUGGUGGCUUAAUAAUUGUACGUCUGUGGUGAUGAAAUGUGUCGAUUUUGCGUGCCCACAUACGUUUAUACAAGUAUAGUAGAGCACUGUGGCCAUAAAUGCUGUCUAGAUGGACGGAGACAGUUCAACCACAGAUGCCUCCCAACUUGGCAUAACAGGAGAAUAUAUGGCUGGUAGUCACUUUGUUCUAGCUCAAGCUCAAGAUGAUGAAGGUGAUGAGGGUCUCAAUGACCACGAGGAUGGGGAUGGAAGCAAAGAUAACCUACGUGAGCAAGACAUCUAUCUCCCCAUUGCCAACGUUGCUCGAAUCAUGAAAAAUGCAAUCCCACAAACUGGAAAAAUAGCAAAGGACGCCAAGGAGUGUGUGCAGGAGUGUGUGAGCGAGUUCAUCAGCUUCAUCACUUCAGAAGCCAGCGAGAGAUGCCAUCAGGAGAAACGCAAGACCAUAAACGGCGAAGACAUCCUGUUUGCAAUGUCCACGCUGGGUUUCGACAUGUAUGUGGAGCCUCUGAAGCUCUACCUGCAGAAAUUCAGAGAGGCCAUGAAAGGAGAGAAAGGCAUAAGCACUGUAACUGUAACUGAAGGCAUGGGAGAGGAGCUGACCGACGAGACUUUCACAAAUCCACUACCUGCAGGAAUCAUAACAGCUGAUGGACAGCAACAAAAUGUGAUGGUGUACACCACCUCCUAUCAGCAGAUCCCAGGCGUGCAACAGCUCCAGUUCUCCUGAAGAUGUGCAGAAAUCAACACCUAAUCAUCACGAAUCAGACCUCCACACUUCUGUUACGGAGGUCUUCAGCAGACUCUCACAGGUCACAGAGCUGGACUUCUAUGUGUGUUUAGCUUGUUUUUGUGUGUGCUCCGUGUGUCUGUGCACACACAUUAUGAUUUUACGUGACUAGUCUGUUGGGUGUUAUUUUGUUUGUUCUUCAUCACACAUUUUGGAGUUUUAUUCAUUUAAAGGUUUGGGGUAAAAGGGGUCCUGAGGGGGUUUCAAAACUAACUCACCUCUCUGUCAAAGCAAUAAAAUAGAACAAAUGUGAAUUUUCCUGCAUCUUAGUGGAAUGAGUGCUUUGCUCCUUUUUAUAUAGAUGAAAAAUCAUGUUGCAUGUGUAAUUUCAGUUUGAUGAGAUGUUAACACUUAAAAUAAAAUGUGGUCAUUUUUGUAAAUAGUUCA